AUGGAGAAUAAUUGUGAGGUGAAUGUUGUUUCUCCUAAGAUGAUGGAUCGCGAUGCGGAGACGUUGUCUGAAUCUCAAUCAAACUCGCUCGAGUCCGGUCUUACGGUUGAGAGCUCGCGUGAUGAUGCGGAUUCGAAUCUGGAAGAAUGUGGUAGCUGGACGAAUGAGAAACACAACUCGUAUCUUGAUUCUUUGGAGAACUCAUUUGUUAGGCAGCUCUAUUCUUUACUAGGAAGAGAGGAGGAGGAGACUCGGAGACUGUCUAAAGCUCGUCAUGUGCACUCUAACUCUCACAAAUCAACUCAUCAGUUUACGGUACUGCAAAAUGGUUCCCGACAGAAGUCUAACUUUGGAAAGAAACGAGCUUUUUUAACUACUGACCAAGGAAACGUAUUGCGCAAGGAAAGUGAUAGGGCUCUUACUAGAUUAUCUUUGGGGCGUGAGUAUCCAGCUCAAUCCACUGCAGAGGCGUCAGGGCAGAAUUUCAGAGAAGAAGUAGGAGAGAAGGGAUGUAAUUCAGGGAUGUCCAGGAAACGCAGAAGAGAGGCUAACUACGAUGAGAGUUCAUUGAAUGAUCAGGAUGGUGAAGCUCCAGAAUGUGAAACGAUGCAAAGGAAUAGGAAGUCAAGUGUAGAAUGA